AUGGAUGCUGAACGGCAUCUGGCCCAGAAAGAGGGCCGAGAGGUUGAAGAUAGGGUCUUGGCACAAGUGGCCAUGCCAUUCUCUUCCUGCGGCCUGGUCAUCGGCAAAAGUGGAUCUAUGCAAAAAGAGAUCGCCGAAAAAACAGGCAUCACCGUCAAGAUCACGCCGAAGGACAAAAACGUGGUGCCGAACGAAAGGAUCGCAUCCCUCCAUGGCCCACUUGUGGCCGUGGUUGCGGCUACGCUCCAGGUCUUCCGGCUCAUACAGUCAGACCCUUCCUUGAUUACCGCGAUGGAGACGCCUGCUGAAGGCUCCAGUUUCGGCAACUUUCAGCAGCAGACCAUCGAGCCCUGGCAGCCGGCACCCCCGCCACGCCACGCAGCGGCGCCAAG